AUGUCUGCCAAAGAUUUAGAAUCACUUGUCAAAAUGGGUGAAAAGAUGGGCUUUACAGGGGCUGAUUUGUCUUCCUUUGUGGAGAGGGAACGUCAGGCUAUAACAGCUGAAAAAGAGAGGGUUCGAUAUGAACAUGAGCGUGAGUUAGCAAUGGCAUUAGAGAAAGAGAAAUUGUUAUUAGAAAGAGAGAAUUUAGAAAGAGAGGAGAAAGCGGUAUGUAGAGCUCAUGAGAAAGAAAUGAAAGCGUUAGAUGUCAGUCAAGGCAGACACAGUCACAUUCCAUUACCAGUAGGAAAUAGGUCUAAACCCAAACUGACUCCAUUUGAUGAAAGAAGGGACAAUAUAGACUCCUAUUUGAAUAGAUUUGAGAGAUAUGCCACCUGUAAUCAGUGGUUAGAGGAAGAGUGGGCUAAUAUCCUCAGUGCUUUAUUGACAGGAAAAGCUUUAGAAGUUUAUUCCAGAUCGGAGUUUGAAGCAGCAAAUGAUUAUCAGGCUUUAAAGCAGGCUCUUCUGAGACGAUUUCGUCUAAAUGAUGAAGGUUUUAGGAUGAAGUUUAGAAAUUCAAAGAUUGAAGCUGAUGAAUCAUGUGUACAGUUUAUUGCCAGGUUACGGAACUACUUGAGUAGGUGGGUUGAAUUAAGUGAUACUGUUAAAACAUAUGAUGGCAUAUGCGACUUGUUGCUGAGGGAACAGUUCCUUAUGACAUGUAGCAGACCACUGUCAGUUUUUCUAAAGGAGAGAAAAUUGAAGAAUGCAGGGGAAAUGGCUAAUGUAGCUGAUCAGUAUGCAGAAGCACAUAGAGGUAUGGGAUCCAGUGAGUCUAGAGAUAAAGCCUAUAAUGGUAAAGGUCUUCAGAAGGAUUCCAGCUCGAGUGUGAAUUCAGGGGCAUCUAUCAGGCGUAGUUGCUACAUAUGUAACAGAGCAGAUCACUUAUUUCGUGAUUGUCCGGUCAGGAAACAGUAUAAAAAGGAAACCUUCGUAGGGAAACAGAAAUUGGGAGCAAUCAAGGUAACUGAAUCAAGUUCAGUAGGAGCCUGCAUGGAUAUGCAGACAAAGCGUAGUUCAGGUCAGGUAGCUGCAUCUGAAGUGGAGUUGAUCCAAGGGAAGGAUCGAUCACCUGCAGAGAAGGUGAAUGUAGUGAUGGAAGAGGAGGCUAAGAAGGAUAGUCUACCCGUUGUGAGUUCAGUCUGUAUAGCUGGAAAUAUGCCGGUUAAGACUGGUUUAGUUGGUGAUUGUAUUGUGUUAGUGUUAAGAGACACUGGUUGCAGUACUGUAGUUGUAAGGAAGUCAGUAGUCAACCCAUCCUCAUUUAUGAAGGUUAGUAAAAAGUGCAUUAUGCUUGAUGGUACUGUACGUGAGGUCCCAACUGCAAGGAUUGAGGUAGACACACCGUAUUAUGAGGGUUCAGUUGAAGCUUUGGUCAUGGACAAUCCAUUAUAUGACUUAGUCUUGGGCAACAUUCCAGGAGUAUGACAACCAAACGACCCAAAUGAGUCGUGGAUUCUGUCUGAAG